CCUUAUUCAGCUAUUCCUGUGAAAUCAAUCCCAUUCCAUCUAUCCAUUGCCUGCUCGUACAGUCACCAUAAUUCGAGGAUUAAUUGCUGGCUCAACAUUAUCUGUUGUCAGACUCCCAAUCCAUCAUCUGUGAAGCCUGUUGCCACCGCCUAUCGAGAUCAGCCGCGAUUAGCCUUGCCCGCGCCACGCCUACAACCACCGAGAAUUGGCAAUUUCAUCAGCACCCGCACCGUCGCACUCACAAAGAGGAUCACUUGUGGAUACUCUUGACCGUCGAUAUCGUUCCCUAACCUUGCCUGUGCCUGGCCAGUGCUUUUGCCCUGCGCUGCCCAUAUCGCCCAACACUUGACGUGACCCUUGCGAGCUUGCUGGGCCACCAACCUAACCAAGGCUUCUCCGGAUUCUCCUCCAUCCGUCGAACUGGCAUUCUUCGCCUCACCUCUUCUCUUUUCUAGUCUUCCUACUCGGCGUACAGUGACCGAUCAAUUUGGUCGAAGAUACACGGUCACUGAGACGCCUAGCCGCUCCUUUGGUUAUCAGCCCUCUCGAAGAAAUACUGUUGUCGGCAUCUCAAACGAACUUGAUCCGUCCCACCCUUCACUUCGCCAACAAGCAUCUGCAAGCAUCUACACACGGUCUUCCUUGGAAACUGCGCCCAUUGUCAAGAUGUCAAAAGUUGUCAGGAGUGUAAAGAAUGUCACAAAAGGUUAUAGUAGUGUUCAGGUCAAGGUACGAAAUGCCACCUCCAAUGACCCAUGGGGCCCUACGGGUACAGAUAUGGCAGAAAUCGCUGCCUUGACCUUCAACAAUCCGAGUGAUUUCUAUGAAAUCAUGGACCUUUUAGACAAGCGAUUGAAUGACAAAGGAAAAAACUGGCGACAUGUUCUCAAAUCCUUGAAAGUCCUUGAUUACUGCCUGCACGAAGGUUCCGAACUGGUGGUGACCUGGGCGCGGAAGAACAUUUAUAUUAUCAAGACGCUCCGAGAAUUCCAGUACAUCGACGAAGACGGAAGGGACGUUGGACAAAAUGUUCGUAUUUUUGCGAAGGAAUUGACAUCUCUCAUUCUGGAUGAAGACCGUCUGAGGAGUGAACGAUCCGAUCGGAAAGUAUGGAAAACUCGUGUUCAGGCCAUGGACGAUUACGCACCUCAGCAAGUCGCUAGUCCUUCGCGCAGACAGCCACCCAGACAUUCAGCUGCGGACGAAGAUGAAGACAUGGAAUACAAGAGAGCGAUUGAUGCAAGUUUGGAGGAAGCGAGGAGGGAAGAGGAGCGCAGACGACGACAAAACGCCGACCAGGACACAGACGACCUACAAAAGGCAAUCAAGAUCAGUAAAGAGGAAGAAGAGAUGCGAAGGCGCCAACUCGAGGAAGCCAAUGCUGCGUCCCUCUUUGACGACACCCCAGCACCUAGCCAACCGCAACCAACAGGUUACAACCAAGGAUACCAGCAGCAACCUGCCGUCGACUGGUUUGGAAACCCUCUUCAGCAGCAGCCACAGAGCACGGGAUUUCUCAACAGUCAAUAUGCCCAGCCACAACCAACAGGCCAGCCGAAUGGUUUCACAAACGGCUUUCAACCCACCCAGCCUACAGGUUACGAUCAAUUUGGGCAGCAGCAGCCUUUCCUUCAACAACAAAACACUCUUCAACCGCAACAGACGGCAUUCCAAACCAACAACCCGUAUGGCACUCAGCCUUACGGCGAUAUGUUUGGUGCACAAUCCCCCCAAACCCAAUCUGCCUUACAACCAGGGACCAACAACCCAUGGGCAACUCAGUCUCCCCAACCCGCAGAUCCGCUCAGACCCCUACCGACUGGAUCGAACAAUCCUUUCGCACAAAAGCCGCAGCAGGCAUCGCCGUCGCCAUUCCAGCGUACAACCACUCAGCCGUCACUGGGCACUCUGCUGGAGACGCAGCCGACCACACAAUUCAGCCAGCCUACGCAGCCAAACCCGAUCAUGAAUUACCAGCCAUCUCCUCAGCCAUCCUUCCAACAGCAACAGCCACAGAAGCCUGCGAACCCGCAGCAUGCUAAAUUGAAUGCUUUGUUGGCUUCUGGAGAAGGUCAAGACACCUUUGGUAACACUGGUGACUUGCGUAUUCCCGCCCAGCACACUGCUCCUGGAGCUUUUGUCAACUCGGCAGGACAAGGUAUUGAUCGUCUUCGAGCAGCACAGACUGGAACCAAUCCUUUCUUUUCGUCGCAAGCCACAGGGUAUGCUCAGCAACUACCCAAUCAAACUGGACCUGUUGGUGGCUAUGGUGGUUACGGGCAACAAAACGGCAAUCCCUUUGGUGGUAGACCUGGUGGCCCUCAAGGUGGAAGCUUGAUUGACUUGUAGAGCACCCCGUCCUCAAACAGAGUCAAUAAUGGUUAUGAAAGUGGUAGUGAGUGAUGACAGCAAGAUUGUGCUAUACCCCUGGCAGUUGGUUCUCGGAAUGAAAUUGUCCUGCAUGCGCUGCAGUUUUUCUCUUAUGUAUAGGACCGGCUGCGUUGCCUGCAUUCCGAUGGUGUUUCCAAGACUCCAUUUCCUGCAGUAUAAUGAAAUUUUGUUCUCUUUUCAACGCACACAUAAAUGGUUGUUUUCGAUCGAUCAAUCAACUCGAAUAUAUGGAUUCUUUAUGUGUCCUCUAUGAAAGACACGAUAUGAUUUACUUGGUGUUCUUUAUCCCCGACCCAGUUCCGCUCGUUAUAUUCAACCUUACCUAUUCAACGAGAUGCUACCUACUCGUACGCAGCGUGCAUUACGCAGGCAGCAUAAUUUUACAAGCUUCAUUUAGUCAGGCAGGACAAUGGCUGCAAUUGUCUUUUUACAAGUACGAAUAGAAAAAGCAUUGUUCAAAAA